AUCUAAGUUUUACAACUAUGGCUGCUGAUGCAAGAACUUAUUCGAUAUGUUUGGGUGUAACUUGUAUGUUUGCUUCGAUUUUGUCGGCGUACGCACUUCUUGUGGAACUUUCGGCUGAACUUCAUCCUGAUCAACCAGCCAUGUGCGAUAUUGGUGAACAUAUGAGUUGCAGUAGAGUGUUGACAUCCAGGUAUGGCAAAGGCUUUGGAAUUGUUGGUCUAAUAUUAGGAGAAAAUUCAAAAUUCAACCAACCCAACGGAUUUACUGGCAUUAUCUUCUACUCCUUCAUUUCUACUUUAGCUCUCAUAGAGAAACGUUGGACAGCAAAAAUUCAAUUAGCUUUAAGUUUCAUAUCGAUUCUUCUCUCAAUUUAUUUGGCAUGUAUUCUAUAUUUUGUUCUUCACGAUUUGUGUGUAGUUUGCGUUACCAUUUACUUUUUAAAUUUAAUUAAUUUCAUACUUUCCUAUAAAAGACACAGUUUGUUAGCUCCUGCUACUCACGAAAUCAAGAAGAAACGAAAGUAGAUAUACAUAAUUAUUUAUUUUAUGCAGAUUUUGUAAAAAUAUAACAAAAAUUUAAUUUUAUA